AUGUCGAAGUCUGUAAAAAAGCUCGUCGAGGAAGCCAAAGAACAAGGCUACACUGACAUAGAUCUAUGUGACAGAGGCUUGUCAAAUAUAAAGGAUAUCCCUGGAUUGAGUAAGUUUGGAAGCGUUUCUUGAAUAUAGAACGAUUCGACGGUUUAGUCCGGCCUGGCCAGUCUUCUAUGAAAGCCUUAUAAUUAUGUUUUCUAUUUAAUUUCUUUCAGCUCAGUUAAGAAGUCUGGUGCGGCUUACGCUAAGUCAUAACAGACUAACAUGUAAGUUUUUAUAGUAGAAGAGUAGAGAAUCAUUAUCUUAGGUGUACAUGCUCAUGUAAGAGCAUCUGAGAUUCUAACUUUGGGUGUGAAGAAAUGUGGAAAUUCUCUGCAUACCUAAAAGAGGACUCUUCCGCUCCAAACAUGAGGUCCUGUUUUUGGUAUAAUACGAUUGUCGAAAUUUUGAAAGAUAACUGGGAAUCCAAUUCUUUUGUGAUUUUUAAAAGGAAGAAGUUAAAACCGACUUAGAGGGAAGGUGAGGUUGUACAUUGUAUAAAAGCUGUAGUUAGUGUUAGUAAUUAUUUGAGGCCAAAAUGCCAUUUUUGUUAACCCCCUCCACACCCUUAAAAUCAAUAAUUAUUUUCAUGCACACACAGUUUAGUAAGAUUUUCAUAUAUUCAUUAUGCACACAUGUUUCGAAGUAUUCAUAUUGACCAUUUGUGUGAAUAAGUACAGUAUGAAAGUGCGGCAUACAUAAAUAGAUAAAUUAAUGUUUGGUGUUGUAUGGAGAUCUUAUACGCAGUUUAGAUUUGGCUUUGACCAGUGCCAAAAUGGGGAAAAUGUUUGUUGCACCUAAGAUUUUGAAUGUUUUCUCUCCAGGUUUUUCUCUAAUACUGUAAAUCCUCUAUUAAGCCUGCUCCUCCCCCCAACCCCCCCACCCCUCUCUAAAAUAAAUGACAUACUGCAGGGUUCUCAGUACAUCCAAGCUGGCACCCGGUGAUCAGUCACUGCCUACUUUGGAAUUUGUAUGUAGCUGCUUACUUUGCAUUCUACCAGUAUUUGCUGUUUUUCCCUUCCUAGUGUACGGCCCUUUGUCACAGCCGUCUACUUAAGGUUAGGUAGAUGCCUAUUUCAAAUCUUUUUGAGAACCCUGUAGUAUAUUUAUCAAUCACAUUCCCCACUAAGUUCAUGUAUUACAGACUGUUGGUUACUGUAAUACAUGCACUUAGUGGGGACUGAUCCAGAAUGGUUUAUUCACCAGCUGGAUAUGAGGAUUUGUUUUUGGUCCUUGGAUGCAUAACAUCCAGCCAUUGUACUUGAGCUUUUUCACUUUGAUUCUAGUUCUUUAUACGUCAACUGAUACCAUCGUUAUUGCUAAAUUAAAUAAGCCCCCCUCCCCCCCGGCUCUAUUAAGUAUCCCCUCAAAUGUUUUUGAGGCUUGAUAGAGGAUUUACAGCAUUAGAUUAUUUAAUGUAAUCAUAACACAGGGCAACCAAGAAAAGAUCUUUUUUAUUGGUUUCUGAUAAUCUUGAAUUCUAAACAUCCAGGUGGAGGUUGAGCCUGGGCCGAUCUGUGGGCCAGUGUAAAAAUGAAAUGGCAUUAAAUCUAGGCUAUUCAAUACAGCUUGGACAUGCACCUGCCUUCUGAAUGUGAGACAUGUUUGUCAGCAUAGACCAAUGCAAAUGUCAUAUUAAACCUUCACCAGAAGAUAAUAGUACACUAUACAUGCGUCCAAUAGUACACGGCAUACAGUUCUCUUUUAUAAGUUACUUUUUUUUAUUUUAUUUAUUUAUUUAGUCACUCACAAAACCUUACACAACAUGAACAAAAGGUGUUAAUUAAAUUAUAAAACUAAUGUGACAAGGAAGCCUAACAAAGCUUGAAGCUUAUAUUAAUAGGUUUCCUUCACUUGGCACAUUUGAGUUAAAUUACUUGUCUUGUAUUUCACCUUAGCUCUUCCAGAAUCCAUAGGUGGCCUUGAAAGCCUGGAAUAUCUAAAUGUCUUCAAUAAUCACAUUGAGGUAAAAAUGUUAUUGUUCUCUGUUUCUUUAGUACCACACUCUCACGUAGGUAAUAUAAUGUCUAUUUUUUUCUUUUUUGUUUCUGUAGGAGCUUCCGAUGUCUUUAGGUAAUUUAAAAAAACUACGACAUUUUAAUGCUGCGUAAGUAUUUCUUAAAUUAUGUUUAUGACUAUGUGUAAGGGUGUGUUAUAUGUACCUACCUUUUGAGAGGUUUCUUUCCUGUAAAAAGUCAGGAUUUUACGAUUUCUAUACACUGCAAAUUUUUGUUAGAGAAGUACUCGUAACUUAUUAUUAUGCAAGCAGGAACAUUAUUCAGAUAUGUAUUGAAAUGUUAUUUUCAUCUUCCCGAGUUUGAUUUUAAAAGUUAGAGGUCCAUAUUAUUUUGAUCUUGGUAACUCGUAACAGUACUCAUCAGACUGACAAACCUCAAACUGACAGUGCCCUCAUUUUACUUACUCUCUCCAUAACUGCCCCAUUUUGUGGGAAUUUAAAGCUACAUAAAGCUACUCAUGCCAGAAAGGAAAGCAAGGAUUUGAGGUCACACCUGGAAAUCAAAUUUAGAACCUCCCACUCAGAAGACUGUGUACAGUACUAACUGACUGUACUAAUCCUUGUUCCUAAUCUUUUACAUUAUUCAGGGUCAAUCGCCUUAGUUCCUUACCUAGAGGCUUAGGAACAGCUUCUGGUUUGGAAAUCUUGGAUUUGACUUACAACAAUCUUCAAAAAGAAUCUCUACCAGGAAACUUUUCUGUUAUGAGUAAGUGAAAUAUGUUGUUGUACCACGACAUUAAUAUUCAAGUGCCAUGAAAUAUUCCGAUUUCAUUGUUCGUACAUAUUUUUUGUGAAAAUUAGUGCUUAAAUGGGCCCUACUGUUCAAAGAAAACCGUGUCCAGUAAAAGAUUUUGCCAAUGUUUUUUACUGAAAUUUAUGGUGCAUUGGCUUUGCAUCGGUAAUAGCAUGAUUAGUAGUAAUAUUUGGCAUAAAUACCACAAGUGAUAUUUCAAAAUUGUUAUAUGUAAUUUCACGAGCCGUUAGGCAAGUGAAAUUUGAGACAAUUUUGAAAUAUCACGAGUGGUAUUUAUGCCGAAUAUCAGGUACAAAUCAUGCUAUUAUUUGUUUAUACUACUACCAGCAAAAGGUUGUAAUUUUAUUUUCACAUGUAGGUAUUUCAAAUUAAGCUGAAAUACCACUGCUCUAAGCCAAUCAAAUUGCAGAAAUUUCUCAUGCAGUAGUAUAAUAUUGAUAUAAUAAAUAUGCCAGAGAAAUUUCAGAGAAAUCCUUGGAGCAAAAGUCUGUGACUAGGAUUUAUAUCACAAUGUGAAAUAAAAUUAUCAUAACAAAUAUUCCCCGUGUAUUUCUAGCUCUUUAUGUACAGUUGUAGACUGAAGUGUCACAUCACCUGAGUGAACUCCAAGCCAGAGGCCAAAACAGCCAGAGCUUACAUGUAUCUUGGUUUCCUUAGCAUGAAACAUGCCCAGGAGUAUUGCUACUCCCCCCUGGAGGAGAUGCUAGUCCAUCGCAGGUUUACCCCCCAGCAGUAUGUUGCUGUUACCCAUUUAUACACCUGAGUGAAGUGAGACCCACAAAUUGAAGUAAAGAUCCUUGUCUAAGGAAACAAUGCGAUGGGUGAGGCUUGAACCCCAGACCUCCAGAUCGGGAGUUUGAGUUGUUAACCACUCGGCCACUUACGCAUACAUGCACCGCUGUUGUUAACAAGAUACUCAUUGUUUUGAUAGGGUGCACCAUUCUUUUCAGCUUGUGAAAGAUGUUAUUUUUGGUUAUUGUUAUUUUUAGAGCAGUUACGUGCACUGUAUCUUGGUGAUAAUGACUUUGAAACUUUGCCAGACGAGAUAGGAGAGCUUCGAAACCUUCAAGUGGUAAUGAUUUAUUAUUCCUACAAUUAAUGAUUGUUGCCUUAGAAGAUAACUGUUUCGUACAGAUACAUGUAAUACCGUCAUUCUCAAUGUUUGGUACGAAAGUUGGUAUUUAAUUGGAAUGUUUUUCAAAAACAGCACUUAAAGACCGUAGGGAGGGAACACACCAGGCAACAAGUUGCAGCGACAAAUCACUUUGUGUGUACUUUAGAAUUUUUGCAAAACUUUUUGUCUCCACAACAAAAUUUUGUCAUAGCAUCAAGUCGCACAGAAUCAAUCAGAUUGAAUUUGUGCAACAUUUUGCGGCAACAGACUUCUGUUGCGGAGACAAAAAUUUUUGCAGAAAUUCUCCAGUACACACAAAGUGAUUUGGUGCUGUGGCUUGGUGCACUACUUGUUGCCCAGCCUGUACACAAGGGGUGAUAUUUUACCACGAUCUGUUGCAGUAACAUGUCGCAUUGUGUGUUCUGACCUUUGGGGUUUAUCAAGGUUAAUUUCCUCCUUGUACCUAUUUCAAAGAAAGAGAAAUCAGGCAUAAUUAGAAAACUCGAUCAUCAGGAUUCAAAUUCAAGAGCCUCCAAAUUCUAGAUUGUAUGCUGCUCAAACACUUUUUAAUUACAUGUACAGUGUGUACUAGGUAAUGGAGGUUCUAUGGGGACUUGUUCAAAAUUGGCCAUCCACCAGCAUAAUUUAUAUACCCACACAAUGACUGUAUUCAUUGUAUAUGGAAGGCACCAAAUUUCAUAAUAUCAUUGCUAUGUUUCUUGUUCAAAUAUCUGCAAGUUUGCGAUGGGUGCAAAUAAACUUUUGGUGUUGUUGGGUUAUUCUCUAAAAGAGGUCAACAUUCUUUUUUUAGUCAUUAAUAAUACAAAUCAUAUGCUGGGCACCCUAGAAUUUGUAGAACUUCAGAGCACUGGGCUCCAUUCAAUUUCCUUAGAGCACAUCCUUGAUGGACUUUUGCUUUUAUUAUUGUAGUUGGUGCUCCGAGACAAUGAUCUUGUAGAAUUACCAAAAGCUCUUGGAAACCUUACACGACUAAAGGAACUUCAUCUGCAAAACAACAGGCUCACAGCUCUUCCUCCUGAACUAGGUGAAUUUAUGACCUUACAUACAAACUAUCUUUCCUUUUCAUCUUAGCAGUGAGAGCAGAACCACAUAGCUCAUUAUAUUCCCCAUACAUGCAAGUCUCAGUGGUCUGGCACGUACCCACAGAACCUUUUUAAUUGACCUUUGAAAACUCUAUUCCAUGAAGCCUCCAUUAUAUAAGCGACAACCUCAGGGUGACGGCAAGUGACUACUUAAUGGAGGUUAAUUGGCCACUCAUAGAGGUUCAUUUUUCCCCACACAAGGUCAGACUUAGGGGUUUGGUGUACCCCAAGCAGCAUCUUUAUUGACAUUAAUUUUGAAAUCUCAAUACCUUAAAGCCUCAGUUAUUAAUUAAAGCGACACCCUCAGCAGUGAUUUUGUUACCUCUGCAUCCUGCAUCCCUGACGCAUAAAAAUCCCCAACGACACAAAAUAAUUUAAUAGAUGCAUCCUGUUGAAUGCAAAGAUUGAUCGACAUGAAGAUGUUUUUUUUGUAGAAAAUCCUCUAUGUGUGAUUUCUGUGGCUGUUAAUGGGGCUCUUGUUUAAUGAUGCAUAUUUAUUUUAGUCCCCACAUUUUUGUUGCCUAAAUAGAAGGACUAUAUUUGAAUUUCAAUAAAUUGUGAUGAAGAGUUUUGGAGUCUGUCUUCAGAUUCAGUAACUGCCUGGUUACAUAAAAACCCAAGCAUUUUCAAUUUAGAAGUCCUUGUUUUUGGAACUGAGCUCAAUGGUUCUGGACUAGGACUCAUAAUUUUUCACAUGAUGAGUCCCAGGACUAACCAUAACUAUUCCUUACAAAAUCACUGUCUCAGGCUGAUUACAAGUGAUUGCUUAAUGGAGGUUGGUUCGUCCCUCGGAAUUAUAAUUGCAUCACUUCACGGAUGGAUGAAUGGAUGGGUUAACAUUAGACUUUCUGUAAGUUAGAUCUGAAGGUGAAUAGGAGAUUGCCUCACACAAUUGCCUUUAAAAGCAGAGCACAUUACGCCUGGCUAGGACUGGUAUGUAUUAAACUAAACUUGUGUCAUUGGUUUUGGUUUUGCAAAGGUGAGCUUGACAUGGCCAACCCUCGUCAUGUGUUCAGAGCUGAAGGAAAUGCAUGGUUACAACAGCUGGAAGACCAAAUUGUUUUAGGUCCAUCACAUGUGUUUGAGUACAUCAAGACAGAUGGAUACAAAAGGUUAGUUGACAAGGAAAGAUUCACUUCAUUUUUUACAUAAUCAUGCCAAUAAAACAGAGCAUUCUACAUGAUUAUGAUGGGAACACAGUACAGGAGAGGGGACACAUCAGGGGCACCCAAUGACAGUUUCCUCCAAAAUACAUUGAAAACACUUUUUCGGCUAUCUGGAGUACUGUUAGAUCUCUAGAAAUGUAUUCUAAGCAGUACUAUAAAAUUUGUAUCUAUUCGGUCAUCCUAGGGGAACUUAAGUCUUUUCAAAAUUACAAGGGCUUCAGUAUUAUAUUAUUUUUCUGAAAAUUUUAGGCACAAUUUAAUGCUUUAUAAAAUUGAGAAUUUUUCUGAUUUCCAUGUGGCAUGCAAAUGUUUCUUCUUGCCAUGGCUCAUCACAGUCCAUUUUAGCACCAUUCUCACUGUUGUCUGUUUAUUUUCAGUUUGUAUGAGCGACACAUUACAUCUGGUGUUACUCCUCCACCCAAAAAGGAAAAAGAGAAGACCAUGAAGAAGAGCCGAAAGAAGAGCUCUAUGAAGUAG